GACUUGAAGAUCCGAAUGUAACUUUGAUUUCUGAUCAAAAUAUGGACGAUUAUUCUGGACCUAUAUAUCUUGAAGAAGCUAUGAUUAUAGAUCAAAAUACGGAUGAUUAUAAAAAUCUAGAACCUCAAGAAAAUCUAUUUGGUCAAUCAGAAUUUACAUCCAAAUGGGAUGAAAAUUUUGAUCAAAUCAUAGAACAGUUAGUAAAUAAACAUGAAAGAAACUUUGGCAUUAAAGAAAUUAAUGAAGAAAUAUCUUCUAAAAUAGAAUCGGGAUGUCGAAUAAAUCUACCUAUUGUUGUUAUAUUGGAACCUGGACCAGCGUCUGAUAGCAACGCUGCUGUAUUUGAGUCAAUCGAUAUGUAUCUAAAAGAUCUUGAACAAGAUGUUAUCAAUUUAGCAUAUCCGGUAAUUCUAAAGCAAAGAAUGAUGGCGAUUCAAGAUAAACGUGAUAGAUUGUUGCUUUUAUAUAACAAAUUCGUAGGAGACAAUGUAGUUAGUACAGGAGAUCGAAAUACUAAACAAUACACCGAAGCUUUCUGGGAACUUGUUGAUGAACUUACCAGUGCAUUUAAUCACCCUGAUUUUACACAACAUAAUCUUUUCCGACACGCACAAGAAAUGAAACCAGAUGAUUAUACACGAAUAUUUAAUUUUUAUAAAAAGGGUCUU